CCUUGUCAGAAACAGUGAUUGGCGGCAAGCACACAAAGUGAAAGACAGCUGUGUUUCGGGCCACCGAAUCUAUCUCGCGCUGAUAAGAGAGACAAAUUGACAAAUUGGUGUAUUCACGACGUUCACUCGCUAUGGCUGGACUGAAAUUUUGUGCAAAUUUAAACUUCAUGUUUCUAGAGGCGGGAUCCUUUUUGGAACGUUACCGAGCGGCAAAGAUGGCCGGAUUCAGUGCCGUCGAAGGACCCUUUCCGCCGGCAGAGGUCAAUCUGGACGCAUUGGUAGCAGUGCAGCAAGAAACUGGCUUGAAGCAAAUAUUAAUGAACAUUGCUUUGGGAGACACGCCAGGAUGUCAGUUUGGAUGUGCUGCACUUCCGGGCCUUGAGAAGGAGUUCCUGAAAAACUUUGAACGCACGGUUGAAUAUGCUAAAGCCGUUGGUUGUGGCAAAAUACAUAUAAUGGCUGGAAAAAUAGAAGGGCCUGCAACUCAAGAUCAUGACAAGGCGUAUCUUGCCAAUUUACGCGCAGCUAUUCCUAUGCUCGAGAAAAACAACAUAAUUGGCGUUAUCGAACCUAUCAACCAGUACGCUCUCCCCGGCUACUAUCUAUCAUGCUACGACAAAGCAAUCGAUAUAAUUACUGCGGUCGGCAGCUCAAGCCUAAAGCUGAUGUUCGACAUCUACCACGCCCAGCACAUACGGGGAGACAUUACAAACACUUUCAACAAGCUGGCACCCCACAUUGGCCAUAUCCAGUUGGCGCAGGUUCCUGGGCGCAAUGAGCCGAGCAGCGAGGGAGAACUGAACUUCCGGUAUAUUUUGCACGCAGUGGCUAGCGGGGGUCAGUAUCGGGAUGGUUGGAUCGGCUGUGAGUACCGUCCGGCCACCAAAACGGUCGAAGGACUCAGUUGGUUGCGUAUGUAUGGUUACUGGCAGUGACGCAAUCGCUUAACUACUGCCGUUAAGACGGUAAUAACAUACAUAAUAAAUGUGAUCAAACAAAACAUCAAACACGAAAGCUAACUAACCCGAUUCAAUUAUUAAGCAAUUAAGUGCAGUUCUGUUGAUGUCCCUAAAUGCGUUUCUUAUAAAAGGUAUCGUCCAUCAGUACACAGGAACUCAGUCAUACCUAUUUGCUGGAAGUCAGCGCAAACGGAACCGGUAACACUUG